UGACAGGAAGCACAGGUAGAUAGACGUAUUGACGUGUGUGUGUACACAGGUGAGGAUCCAUGGGGAUGACAUACCUAUUUCUGGUACUGCUACUGGCUUUGGAUACAACAACGGCAAAUACAUCAGAUCAAGUGAAGCAGGCCCUGGAGUAUGUAUAUCGUGUGGAAAACAGCCAGUGUAACGGUGGUACCGAGGAGGUUCUCAAUCUGCACUUCAACAAUUCGGCAUGGAGUGUAUACACAGGACCCGCUAUAAGAACUGCCAAUUUUCUUACCGAAAUUAUUCUCCAAAACGGAAACUUCCUCACCUUAACGGACGAAAUUCUCUUCACUCUCGUCCGGAACAACAUUCAUGGCGAUGACGUCAUAUUUGGCUCAGCCAUCGCCGUAGAAACUGGCGUAACCCAAUACGAUUCUUUCUGUCCAUAUGCAUACAAGAAAAAUGGGACAGUCUUUGCGCAUGACAUCGCUAUCAAUUAUAACUACAAAUCCGUCAGCACGGAGUGGUAUCAAAUCCUCAAGGUCAAAAACUGGGACAACGUCACCAGGACAAUCGACAAGGUCAGAUACAGGUCUGGGAAUAAUCUGCUACCAUCUAGUGAUAUCGUCAAGGUGCUGGCGCAGUUGUCAGACGGGCAUUGGACCAAGCCGUACUUUGACUGCGGUGGAGGCGAUAUCUGGAUGGUGACCUACUCCUCUCCAUUGUUUUACUAUAACAGGACAACCGAAUCAUUGUUGUUCAAGGGCGUGGCAACCAUUGACAUUGAACUGACUAACAUUGACAUCAAUCAAUGUGAUCUAGAUGAGAGCGAUGCCGGGGCUUUGGACGUUUUCCGGGGAACGCACAGCUGUAUGCCAUCUACAGAGUGUGUAUUUGAGGCCGGGCUGGGUUUCAAACGAGGAGCGUAUAAGUGUGUAUGCCAGCCUGGCUAUUACUUCUCUGUAGUAGACGCUGCCAUUAAAUACUUCAGCGGAAUUGAGAUAGAACGUCUGUACUCAGAAAACAAUACCGCCGCCAUGGAUAGCAUGCGCUGUAAGCCAUGCGCUGCCGGAUGUGACACAUGCGUAGACGCUUCGCCGUGCCUUUACCAGAGUCAGCUUGCACUCCGACUUCCGGUCCUUAUCUUGACGAUUGUCACUGUGAUUCUCAUUGUUAUCGUCGCCUGCGUCACAUACAACUUCCGGUUUGAAAUGGCCAUAAAAACCGGAAGUCCUAUAUUUCUACUGAUCAUGUGUACCGGAAGUGUCUUGAUGUGCAUGAAGAUGUUCAUUACCUUCUCAGACGCUACCGAAGCUCUGUGUAUUCUUGAACAAUGGGUGUUUCAUUCCGGUUUCGUCCUAAUGUAUAGUGCAUUGCUACUGAAGACAUGGAGAAUAUCGGUUAUAUUUCGGGUAGGAAGACUGAAGCGCGUGUUUCUACCCGAUAAAAUUCUCCUUCAGAGAAUGAUCCCCCUAAUGGCGGUUACAGCGGCCUACUUGACCGCAUGGACAGCGUCCGAGAGACCUCGGGUGACAACGAGAAUGACUGUUGGCAAGCUCAAAUUCCAAGUGUGUAUCGAAGGAUGGUGGUCGUACGGGAUGCAAGGAGCCGAGGCCAUCAUGUUACUGGUAGGUGUUUACCUAUGUUUUACUGUUAGGAAGGCGCCCGCCCAUUUCAAUGAGAGCAAGCAUAUCACCUGGUCAACAUACAACGCUAUCAUCCUCGGAACUUUUCUUGUCAUCAUAAUCUAUUUCAUCAGUCACACAAAUUCCGGUCCAGAUUAUAUCUAUCUUAUAUACUUCUUACAAAUCCAAGUGUUCGUUACCAUAACAACGGCUCUGAUAUUUACACCAAAGUUCUAUGCCCUUUAUAAGAAAACGGAAGUUCGUGAACUUGAGAAUGAGAGUAUGCCAACUGUCUCGCACACUAUAACAGGACGGGAAAAAAUUAACGUGCUAAAGACCAUCAACACAAAGGCUCAUCGCAAGUCUGUUUUCACUCAAACCGAGAACAAGCUAUCACCGGAGUGGGUUGGCAAGGCACCUUCUGACAUAUCCAUUCAUCUGACGAGCCGAAAUCGUAUUCACCCUAUUAGACAAACACUGUCACCACAUCCAUCAUCGGAGGAAGUAUAAUAGGGACAUCAUCUUGUCUUUCCGUCAGUUGGUUCGACAUUACCAGGGAAAUUUCCUGUCUUUCCGUUAGCUGGUUCCCUGCCUUUCCGUUAGCUGGUCCGACAUAACUAAGGAGACUCUCCGUCUUUCCGUUAGCUGGUCCGACAUAGAAAGGGAGGCUCUCUGUCUUUCCGUUAGCUGGUCCGACAUAGAAAGGGAGGCUCUCUGUCUUUCCGUUAGCUGGUCCGACAUAGAAAGGGAGGCUCUCUGUCUUUCCGUUAGCUGGUCCGACAUAACUAAGGAGACUCUCCGUCUUUCCGUUAGCUGGUCCGACAUAUAAAGGGAGACUCCCUGUCAUUCCGUUAGCUGGUCAGACAUAACUAGGGAGACUCCCUGCCUUUCCGUUAGCUGGUCCGACAUAACUAAGGAGACUCUCCGUCUUUCCGUUAACUGGUCCGACAUAACUAAGGAGACUCCCUGCCUUUCCGUUAGCUGGUCCGACAUAGAAAGGGAGGCUCUCUGUCUUUCCGUUAGCUGGUCCGACAUAACUAAGGAGACUCUCCGUCUUUCCGUUAGCUGGUCCGACAUAUAAAGGGAGACUCCCUGCCUUUCCGUUAGCUGGUCCGACAUAGAAAAGGAGACUCCCUGCCUUUCCGUUAGCUGGUUCGACAUAACUAGGGAGACUUCCUGUCUUUCAGUCAGCUGACAUAGGUAGGUCACGCGUUGGUCAAAUCUACUGAAGUAUUGAGAAAUGUGCAUUUUAAUCAUAUUAACAUUAUAAAAUCGUUUAUUUUUUUUCUCAUCGACUCAGUACAACGAAAUCGGCUUCGAUAUUUCUUGGCGUCUUUGCCAUUUGUUGGAGUACCCAGGAUAAACAAAAAUGUUGAUCUUAUUGUAGAAGAUCAUGAGUAUAGUUAUCACACAGAAAUAUUAUUGAAAACGGAGAGAUGGAAUGGACAAAGAGCCAACCCAGGUACAACCAGUGAGAUUGGAGCAUUAAGCGUUUCCGUAAACCAAGAAUAAUGUACUUUACGCGUAGAUUGUAUGUAUACAUUCCAUAUUAUCAAAGUAGAUUUUAAAAUGCAACGAAUUAGACACGAAUUAUUGGAGCUCUCUGGUUAGCAGAUUUACCCUCUCCAGAUCCGCUACAAGCUUUAGGAUACAGACUCGUUUGGUUUGUAUAACGAUUAGAGAUAUUCUGUUCCGAAAUGACAUUAUCAAGAUGCAAAGCGAUGAUCAAAUCAGUGUACAUUUCUUUAUUUGCCUGAAAAAAAUGCAUCAGCUUUCGUGGAAAUGCUCGCGAAAAUUUGAAAAUUAUUAUCUUCAUAGUAAAUAAUAUUUUAUCAAAGCUAUUCAUUGCGUAUAUUACUUCAAACAUUUGUAAAUAAUGUGUUUUAAGACAUUCCGUCCACGUGGUACUAAUAAAAUAGGUUUGGUAAAAGUGUAUGUUAUAUAUGUAAGCAUUUCAUUGGAUUACCCGUCCAUAACGUUUUUGACGUUGCUUUUAAUUGGUUGAUAAAACGGCGUGAUCAUUUCCAAGAAAAGAGUCCAUCAAUGAAAGUGUAUGGUCAAUCAAAUUCUAAGGAUAAACUUAAACAGAUAGUUUAUGUUAUGGAGCUAAAACACAGUGUACUUAUCAUAAAGCGCUUCAUUUAGAGAACACUUCGUUGUGGUGUCAUAACAUAACAUAUAUAUCCAAGUUAUUUUUUUAUAAAUAAUCCGUUGUACUCGAAAUUAUUGUUGUUGGCAUCAAGUAGUUACAUGUAUGUAAACAAUCCAUAUUGAUUUGUUGUCACAUUUGCAGAUGUUUGUUACUGUUGUUUUAUGUAUUGUGUUAUUUCCGUCAUAGCUUUCACAUGUCAUGUAUUUAUUUUCUCAUAAAUAGUUUAGAGAAUAUCACUUUAACAGGUAUCAACAUUUCACACCAAAAUAUACCAUGAACUUAGCAAACGUACUACUAUGGUGUGUUUAUCGGUAUUGGCUGCAGUUAACUGCAUUUUCGACCGAAUUCAGCUUAAUAACAAUAAUAACGGUAUGACGUCAUCAUGGUAACAGUUUAAAUUAUGGCAUUGACAAAAAAGCAAAUAUUACCAUUUUGACUUCAUAAAUGAACGAAGAAAUUUUUUUUUCAUUCGUGACAAGAUUGUAGAAUUUUAUAAACAGAUGAGAAAUAUUUGAAUCGCUGUGAUUGAACUAGCGAACGAGGUGUAAUAUUUUAGCUCUAUCGUGUGUCAGGUAACAAUAGUCAUCUUCAUUGUGUUCACCAUUUAAGAAUAAUACAUUAUAAUGUAUAUAAUAAGCCCUGUCAUCGAGAUCUUUCAAGCUCUUUAAAAAUUACAUAAAAUUUAACAACUUCGAAGUUUUGAUAAACCCGAGACCAUAUCAUUUGAUCUGAAAGCUAUUAACAUGUACAUGUGCUGGUGUG